CUCAUUGAAAAAAAACAGUAAGCUUUCACGAUACUAUAAAAUCUCCACCCAAGCAAUUUCCUCACAUGAAUAAAACCAUCUCAUAAAAAAUCUUUAAUCCCUUCACGAUUCCUCCAAUCUCAAUCACCUAACCAUCUAUAUAUAUUUAACAACUACUCAUACAUCCACGCCAAAACUUCAGCAGCAAUUUCAAAGAAUGGCAGCAAUAAGAUCAACAAAAUCACAGAACAUAGCAGAGAAAACAGAGCCGGACUCCUCUUCCUCCUCCUCGUCUCCUGUUUCUCCCUCUCUUCCUUCCCACCGCCGCUCUGCCCGCCCAACCCCAACCUUCUCCCAAGCCCUCGCCGGCACGGCCCACCUCGCCAACCUCCUCCCCACCGGGACGCUCCUCGCCUUCCAGCUCCUUAUCCCUGUGUUCACCCACAACGGCUCCUGUGACUCCACCACCCGCCUCAUGACCAUCUCCCUGCUCCUCCUCCUAGCCGCCUCUGCCUUCGCCGCCUGCUUCACCGACAGCCUCCGCCUCCCCGACGGCCGCGUCAUCCACGGCCUUGCCACCCUGCGCGGAAUUUGGCUCUUCGAGCCGGUGGACUCGUCGGCGGUGGAGCUCGCCGGAUACAGAUUGAGGUUCAUAGAUUGCAUCCACGCUGUGCUAUCGGCGCUGGUUUUCGCGGCGGUGGCGCUGAGGGAUAAGAACGUGGUGAGAUGUUUGUAUCCGUCGCCGGCAAAGAGCACGGAGGAGGUGUUGGAUGUGCUUCCGUUGGGGAUUGGGGUUAUAUGCAGCUUACUGUUUGUGGUAUUUCCGACGACGAGGAGAGGAGUUGGCCAUCCUGUUUCUGUCUCGCAGCAGCGGCCAUAGGGUAACGGCUACCUCUCAGCAAUGACGAGGCAUUCUUGA